AUGGCAACAGAGGAUGUGAAGAGGAGCGAAUCGGCAGCAGUAUCAACGAUCGUGAAUCUGGCGGAGGAAGCGAGGGAAGGAGUCAAAGCUCCGGGUUAUGCUGUCCUCAGCAUCUGCAAGUCUCUCUUCGCCGGUGGCGUCGCUGGUGGGGUGUCACGAACUGCAGUUGCACCUCUGGAAAGGAUGAAGAUAUUGCUUCAGGUCCAAAAUCCACAUAACAUAAAGUAUAAUGGGACAGUCCAAGGGUUGAAGUAUAUUUGGAGAACGGAGGGGCUUCGUGGUCUGUUCAAAGGAAACGGCACCAACUGUGCUCGUAUUGUUCCUAAUUCUGCUGUCAAAUUUUUUAGCUAUGAGCAAGCUUCCAAGGGUAUACUGUACAUGUAUCGUCAGCAGACAGGAAAUGAAAAUGCACAACUCACUCCUGUUUUACGGCUUGGAGCUGGUGCAACUGUGUAG